AUGUUAGACCACUUAUACCGCUUUACACGCACGACGCCAGGCCUCGAAAAGACCCUUCGUCUGGUCCAAUCCCUCUGCGUGCUCGCCCUGCAAAUACCCACUCUGGAAAAUGAGUCCAUUUCGCGGUUCAACGUCGCCAAGACACAGUUUGCUUUGACACGACGCUUCCUCCGCUUCUUCAACUUUAUCGACUGCUUCAACCGGGCAUUUGCCUUGCUAGGCAACCCUUCUUCCGCUCAGAACAAUGUCAUCAAGACAGUCAUUGAGAUAAGUAAAUGGUCGUGCUUUGGAUGCUACUUUCUCUUGGAAGACUUAACCCUGUUACACGCAACAUCCAUCUACCCAAACCCCUACAACAAAGCCAUAUUAACAGAAGCGAACAAAUUCUGGUUCUAUGCGCUGGGGUUUUCUAUUUUGGGUGCUGCUUUUGAUAUACUUUUUUCUUCCGCGUCUUCUGCAUCUAAGACGAAGGAUGAGAAGGACAACAAGAAACAAGCUCCUUCUAUUAACCGCUUCUCGCUACUGAAGAAGAUGCUCUGCGUUGAUGCUUGUGAUCUGCUCAUUCCCGGUACCUUUUUGGGGUUGAUUGAAAUGGGUCAGUUGGGGGUCGGGGUUGGGAUGGUGGUUAGUACCUUUGUUUCGGGAUGGGAUAUGUGGAAUGCUGUUUAA